UUGGAUGUUUUGGCCAAGUCUUUUGCUCUGUAACAGGACGUCUCUACUGUAACAUUGCAAUGGGCUCAAAGGUGAUAUCCAGCGCAAAGGAUUUUUCAAAUAUCCUUCGAUCUCUUCAAGAUGAGAAAAGCAACGACUCGUGCACAUAUGAGGAGGAUAUUCAAAUAUUAAAGAUGAACGGAGACAAAAUUGCAGUGGUGAAUAUGUACUGUGACAACCAGCCAGUCUUCAUCUGCGAAAAAUAUGUUCCCAAAAUAAGUGAACCUGAUGAUCAGAAAAUGACUGAGACUUCAAACUGUGCUGACGAUGAUGAUGCUGAUGAUGCCAAUGCUGAUUUAUUCCAGACAGAAUUGGUACCAGAUCCACUUACAAUCAUGAAAGCAAGGCAGUUGCUGUCUUGGUAUACAUUAUCUCAAAAUGCUAAUGUUUCCGCUGUGGAUAACAUCCCUGCCUUGCACCCUCUGUGGGUGCGAUGUGACAUGUCGGAUCCUGCUGGAACAUCCUGGUUUGGGGCUGAAACUGUCUGUGUGGGCAGUAAAGUAACUGGUGUCAAAUUAUACUCCGUCACCUGCAAAGGCUCAACGGUGGACAAAAAAUCUCUCAUAACCUUAGAUGAGCUUAAACAAGAGCACAGGAAAAGGCAUCACUCAUCCUCGAUGGUGAUUAAAGGCAGUGCCAGGUUCAACUUAUUUGGCUCCACCGUUGUUGAAAACACCAUGAUUGAGUCACAGAGUAGUGUGACAGCGGAUUUCAAGUGGAGCCAUGUGGAGAGUAUCCCUGAGACCCCACCCCUGUCCUCUACAGCUGCACUUAAUAUCAAAGUUGCCAGCGGUGACAUGAGGAGCCCAAUGUUUGAGAUGUACAGGGAGCUGGAGUUUCUUCAGACUCUUGCUGAUGGUUUGAGAACUGGUGAGACUGAAUGGAUGGAACCUUUGGAGAGCACAUCAGCUGUAAAUCUGACCAAGGCAUACCUAGAGGAGCUCCAAAACACUGCAAAGACACUACAGGAUCAGACUGCAAAAAAAGCUGAGUCGACAAAGCAGAAGCCUGACACAGACACUGCCAUUUUCAACUCUUUCUUGGAACGAGGCGAUUUGGAUUUUGUAGAGCAGCUGUGGGUUCGGAUGAGAAAGAGUGUGACAUCAUAUCAAGACAUUGGAGACUGUCUGAAGUUAGUCAUUGAAGCUCUGAGAUACGGUGACAUCAAACCCUGGAUUCACAGAGACAGCAGCAGCUCCCUCAGCAAGCUCAUACUGCAGUCCUACCACCAGCAGAUCGAUCAUGUGUCUCUCACAGGUGUCACCCCUGUCCACAUGCUGCUAGAAAUGGGUCUGGACAAGAUGAGAAAGGAUUACAUUAACUAUCUCAUUGGUGAAGAAUUGACAACUCUAAACCACUUGUGUUAUUACCUGAGCACAGAGGUUGAUCUGCAGGAGCAAGUAAUCCGACUCAGGAAACUGCACCAUCUGCUGGAAAUAAUUGUGACCUGCAGCACCUUCCUGGGUUUGCCAUACGACCGGCUGUUCUUCCUCACACAAUCAUGUUUGCAGCACUACAAAAUGUACCCGUAUGAUGAGGACCACGAGUUCAAACUGCAAAUCAAACCUGCGCUGAUCAGCCAUUUCUACCAGAAAGAGCAACCAGUUUUGUGGGGGGUUGAGGUGUCCAGUGGCCAUGGUCCUCGAGAGGUCAGGACAGCCUUACAGCUCAGUGACAGACCUCUGGUUGAUCAUGUCAUCUUUGAAACAGAUUACCCAAACGAAACAGUGAAUGGGGACAGCGAGGAUCCAGCCUUCUUCUCUACCACGGUGUGCUGCAGCCUCGUCAACUUUGCAUGAGUUUACACAGAGCACAACUCAACCAUAUGUAUAUUUUCAUUUUUGAUACUGUCACCACAUGUUAACUAUUUAAAAAAACCUAAACAGCAUCACAAAUCUUAGAGGAACCACUAUAGGGAUUUCUGUUAGUAGGCCUAUACUGUAUGCCUGUCAGAUGUUAUGAAUGAAUAACUUACAGUCUUUCUGAAUUGUUUGCGACCCUCUUAAGUGUUUCUCUGAUGUUUUUUCUUGUCUGUUCAAGAUAAUAGUUCAGAGAGAUUUUGGUUAAUUAGGCUAACUCCCAAUUUUAAUCAAGUGAAAACACAAAUACAGAGAGCACUGUUUGCAAUGGUAAUAUUUCACAGCAAUGUUUUAAUAAGAAAAUUCAACAUGUUGCAGAGCUAUUCACACUGGUGGAGUGUCUGCUACUUAAUUGAUUAUUGGCUAAAUAAUUGGGGGGUGUUUUUACAGCAAACACUGUAUGCACAUCAAAUGAAAUUAAGUCACCAAUU